AAUUGAUCUUACAGGUCCCAGCCUGAAGACAUAUUUAACUUCAACUCUCUGAAUAAUUUUAUUCGUUCUAAGUAAUAUAGGGUGCAUGAGAUGUUUGCUGCUGCUUUCUUCAUCUUGUCUUUGAUGACUUGUCAGCCUGGGGUAACCAUUCAGGAGAAGGUGAACCGGAGAGUAAGUCGGGCUGUUCAGAGCUCGAGCUCCACAGCAGUUAGCUGCCAGCUCAGCAACUGGUCAGAGUGGACAGACUGCUUUCCAUGCCAGGACAAAAAGUACCGAUACCGGAACCUCCUGCAGCCAAACAAGUUUGGGGGAACCAUGUGCAGUGGCGAUGUCUGGGAUCAAGCCAGCUGUCGCAGUCCCACAGCUUGUCUAAGGCAAGCACAGUGUGGACAGGAUUUCCAGUGUAAGGAGACAGGUCGCUGCCUGAAACGCCACCUUGUGUGUAACGGAGACAGGGAUUGUCUUGAUGGCUCUGACGAGGAUGACUGUGAAGAUGUCAGGGUCCCUGAAGAUGACUGCAGCCAAUAUGACCCCAUUCCAGGGUCAGAGAAUGCAGCCUUGGGGUACAAUAUCCUGACCCAGGAAGAAGCUCAAAGCGUGUACGAUGCCAGGUAUUAUGGGGGCCAGUGUGAGAUGGUAUACAACGGGGAAUGGAGGGAGCUUCGCUAUGACCCCGCCUGUGAGCAUCUCUACCACGGAGAGGAUGAGAAGUACUUCCGGAAACCCUACAACUUCCUCAAGUACCACUUUGAGGCCCUGGCAGAUACUAGACUCUCCUCAGAGUUGUACGAUGAUGCACGUGACCUUCUUUCUAAAGUAAAAAAUGACAAGUCUGUGUCAGCCGGAGUAACUGUUGGUGUGGGCCCCGUAAGCAGCCCUGUAACACUGGACGUGGGUGUAUCUGGGUCACGAGACUCUUCGUUCUUGAAUGAGUUAAACAAGUAUAAUAAGAAGAAAUAUAACUUCCUGAGAAUUUUCACAAAGGUGCAGACUGCUCAUUUUAAGAUGAGGAGGGACAAUAUUGUGCUGGAUGAAGGCAUGCUGCAAUCAUUAAUGGAGCUCCCAGAGCAGUACAAUUACGGCAUGUAUGCCAAGUUCAUCAAUGACUAUGGCACUCAUUACAUAACGUCUGGAUCAAUGGGUGGCGUUUAUGAAUAUAUCCUGGUGCUUGACAGAGAAAAAAUGGAAUCACUUGGUAUUACCAGCAGAGAUAUCAAGUCGUGCUUUGGAGGUUUUGUGGGCAUUGAUUUUGACUAUUCAGACAGUAUACAAAUUGGAGGAAAGUUAUCAGGGGAACGUUGUAAAGGAUUUGGAGGUGGCGACACUGAAAGCAACAUGCAGGCCAUGGCUGUGGAAGACCUUAUUUCUCGGGUUCGAGGUGGCAGUUCGGGCUGGGGCGGCAGCUUGACUCAAAACAGGAGCACCAUUACAUAUCGUUCCUGGGGGAGGUCAUUAAAGUAUAAUCCUGUUGUUAUUGAUUUUGAGAUGCAGCCCAUCCAUGAGGUGUUGAGGCAUACGACCCUGGGGCCCCUGAAGACCAAACGCCGGAACCUGCACCAAGCCCUGGACCAGUACCUGUCGGAAUUCAAUGCCUGCCGCUGUGGGCCCUGCUUCAACAAUGGGGAGCCCAUCCUCGAGGGCACCAGCUGCAGGUGUCAGUGCCCCCUGGGUCGCAAGGGCCUUGCCUGUGAGCAAAUGGAGCAAGACGGAGCCAAGGCAGAUGGUCGCUGGAGCUGCUGGAGCUCCUGGUCUGCUUGCAGAGCAGGCACCCAGGAGAGGAGGAGAGAGUGCAAUAACCCCGCACCCCAGAAUGGAGGUGCCUCGUGUCCAGGGUCUAAAGCGCAGACCCGGGCUUGCUGACAGCCUCUGGGCACCGAUGCCAUGGAUAUCACCCCCUGCACCGACCACUGGAUAAAGACUUCUUUCAGCUGAGGGAAAACAGAAAUCGACAUGGACUUUUUCUCUGUCCUGCCAACUCGUGGGCCCAGGACCAGCCCGUGCCAUCUACAACAAACUGUCCUAUUAUUCUAGACUUUGUUCAACAACUGGGUGCAGGGCGUUAACUA